AUGGCGGCGUCGUCGUCGCGGCCGCUGCUCCGCCGCCUCGCAGAACUGGCCAGAGGCCGCGUCCGCGCCAACCACCGCAUGCUCUCAUCCGCCUCCUCGUCCACCGCCGACAUCGAGAGGGCUUCGCAGUCGCCGGCGGAGGCCCAGUUCGUGCGCAUGACGGAGGGUUGCGUGCGGAGAUUAAAAGAAUUACAUGCUAAAGAACCAUCUGCUGAAGGUAAGAUGCUGCGCUUAAGCGUUGAAGCUGGUGGAUGUUCUGGGUUCCAAUAUUCUUUCGCUCUUGAUGACAAGAAAAACUCAGAUGACCGGGUUUUUGAGACUGAUGGUGUUAAAUUGGUCGUGGAUGACAUCUCAUAUGACUUUGUAAAAGGUGCCACUGUGGAUUAUGAGGAGGAACUUAUACGUUCAGCGUUUGUGGCCAAGUAG